AAGUCAGAAGUACAAUUUAAAAGUUGCCUAAAGAGGCGCAUGCCGUCUGUGCUGCUGCCGUCCAUCUGGAAAUGAACCUCAGUUCUUGCCUAUUGGCUGGAGCCCUUCACAGAAUGUCCCUCACCCCUACCAGUACUUGCUACACUGCCCCUCCCCCGCUGCAGAAUGUCUGGGGUCCUAUGUUUAAACCUAUUUAUUUUCAAAUUUUCCUGAUCUACCUGAACUCAGGAGAAUCUGUUGAGGCAGGCCACUCUCUAGGUCCUGUCCUUGGCUUUUCUCAUCAGGGAAACUGCCAGACAGCAGUGAUCGGCACCCAGCCUGAGGGAAUGGCUUCAAAUGGAGCAUACCCAGUGCUGGGACCGGGCGUGCCUGAGAACCCUGGCGCCUCCAUGCCAGUGUUCAUGGCUCUGUCCUUCGCCACACCUGCUCCCAGCCCAGCACACGGGCCGCCCCUGCUGACUGCAGUGGUUCCUCUAGGUGGCCCUCUGGUGCUGUUUGCCUUCCCCAGGAUGCCUCUGGUGGCAGGACAGGAUGGCUGAAGCCUGAAUUGGGCUGGGGCUUCCAACGUCCUUGUCCAGAUGGGGACAGAAGUGGGGCCUGUGAAGGCUCUUCAGGCACAGACCUUGGUCCUAACUCAGGUGCCCCACGUCUUGCAGGCUCUAGGUGCCGUCUGUGAGGGUGUUGCAUGUCCACCUCCCCAACCCCUGGCAGCUGCCCCUGUGGUGCCCGCUAUGGCUGCCCAGGUCUUUGGGGGCACCUGGGCCUACGAAGGAGGCUGGCCCCAGGGCCUUCCUCCUCCAGCACUACCAGCUCCCCAUCCAGCCCCCAUGAUGGCCCCAAGGAACGCUUGUCCAUGGCCACAAGGGACUCAUGGAGAGGGCAGCCAGGCUCCCUCCCAGGCCAAGGCCCAACCUGACGACUCCUGCAACCCCAAGAGUGUGUAUGAAAACUUCCGACUCUGGCAGCGCUACAAGCCCCUGGCCCGGAGGCACCUUCCCCAGAGUCCGGACAUGGAAGCGCUUUCCUGUUUCUUCAUCCCAGUUCUCAGAUCCCUGGCCCACCAGAAGCCCAGCAUGACCCUGGAGGAGGGACUGUGGCGGGCCAUGCAGGAAUGGCAGCACACGAGCAACUCUGACCAUAUCUACUAUAAGAUGGCAGGAAAGUUCCUGGAGUUUGAGGCUGAAGAGAAGAUACAGAUUCAGAAGUCGCAGUGGAUGAAGGUGCCCCAGUGCCUGCCUCCUCCCGCCCUGCCAAGGCUUGAACCUCAGGGACUGUCAACCCCUGAGGUGGUCAAGGAGCCAGUGUACCUUCCCAGCAAGGCUGGCCCCAAGGCUGCCUGCCUGCCACCACAGCAGAGACCAAGGCCCCAGCAGCCAGCAGAGACCAAGGCCCCCGAGAAGAUUCCUGCUGAAGUGGUGCAGGAGUAUGUGGACAUCAUGGAGGAGCUGCUGGGGCCUCCCAUUGGGGCCACGGGGGAGCUCGAGGGACAAAGGGAAGAGGGCAAAGUGGAGCAGGAAAAGGACAGGAUGUUUUCAGACCCCUACCUCCUGAGCUACGUUGACAAUCUGUGUUCCCAGAAGGACUUCAUCACCAAGGUGGAGGUCGUCAUUCACCCCCAAUUCCUGGAAGAAUUGCUUUCCCCAGAUUCACAGAUGGAUUUCUUGGCCCUAAGCCAAGAGCUGGAGCAGGAAGAAGGACUCACCCUUGCCCAGGUAGCAGAGAAGCGCCUCCUAUACUUGAAAGAGGAACGGUGUGCGAGGGCAGCCCCUAGUCAUGGCAGCACCCAGCCAGACUCAAUCUCUUCUGAGUCUGCAGCAGGCCAAGGAGCAGAGAGAGAUGUCCCUGGCCCCCAACAAGGGGUCAGCAUGGAAACCUGCCCACCCCAGACGACCUCCCGGGACCCUCAGGGACAAGGCAGAGAGCGCACUGGGAUGGUCAGGUCCAAAAUCCCUGUUGUUCUUUUGGAGAGACUGGAUUCCCACUGGCUGAGGGCUGCCCGGGCAAACUCUCCUCCCCAGGACCAUAGACCCACCUGCCCAGGUGUGGGGACCAAGGACACCUGGGGUCUCCCUGGAGCCUCUCCUGUCAAGGAGUCACGCAGGCUGUCUAAGGGGUCAAGUGAGGAGGAGAGGGAAAUCCUUGGUAUAGUUUCUGUCGUGCUACGACAGAACUACAGGCUGCGGCCCUGGAAGCUGUCCCAGAGCCCUGUCCCUGCCUCAGGCCUUCUCAACCCAGAAGGAUGGGGACCCCAGGGAGCUCUUCAGUCCCAAUCAGCAAAGAGAAGAGGCCUCAGCGCAGCACCUGCUCCUGCCACCAAGUCCAAGAAGCAAGCUCUCUUUGGAGGCCCAUCCCCUGCUGAACAGAUGCCCCACCUAGGGCCUGGGCUCAGAGUCUCUGGGGCACAAUCCUUGGCUUGGGGGCUGGGUGGCCCCUCACAGUCCCAAAAGAGAAAGGGUGACCCCUUGCUAUCUAAGAGGAAGAAAACGCAGCACUGUAGCCAGUAGGGGGACAGGGCAGGCUCUCUGGUGCCAAUCCUCAAGGGUGGGGCUCUCAACUCUCGUACCCUCAUGGCACCGGGUAACCCAAAGCAAAGACUUCUCCCCCAGUGCUGAUCUUGCUGGGCAUUAGCUUCUGAGGGUGGGAGAGGAAGGGGAGGAAGAGGGUGGCUGAACGGGAAGGGAGGUCCUAGGGGGAGGGAGUAGGAGGUGGGGAGCAACACCUUGGGGGUCUCCUGUGUAGAUACAAAUACAUAUAGUUGGGUUGGAAACGCUCUCGGGGCUGCUGCCUCUGUCCUCAGGGCUGUGCUGCUCAGUGGAGGGGGUCUGUGAGGGAGAGCAGAGACACCGGAAGAUGCCAGGCACUGGGGACCCACAGGAGCCAGCCCCACUCGUUCCUCUAGGUGUAGGUUGCCCCUUCAGAUGCUCCAGGGACUGACAGAUGCUGAGGAAGCCCUGAUCCCUCCCACCACCCACUCACAAGGCCCCACCUGCUUUAGUUAUCAGCAUCCCUGGAAAAUCCUGGGAUGUUGAGAGCUGGCUGGCUCUUGUUCUGCCCCGUGGGAGCUGAGAAGGCAGCUGCCCACAACAUGGUCACAGGGAGAGGCAGCCACUCCUACUUAACCCUCAUCAGGAAAAGCUCAGGCCCUGGGCUAAGGGGAGAUGUCGAGGCAUCCAUCCACACAGGUGUGUUUGGUAUACAAUGGUGGGUGGGGAGCAGGGGAAGUCCCUCUGCCAGUUUCUGGGCAGGAAAGUCUUGUCCAACUGGCAGAAGCAGAUGCUCCUUGCUGUGGCCACAGGGACUGGCCUCAGGGGCCCUCAGAGUCCUGCAUGGAGCCCCCCACAGCUAUGAUUCCCUUCCCAUAUGAUGACUGAACUCUUGGGUGGAAUUGAUGCAGACACGGACUUGCAUUGGUAUUUGAGCCAGUUCCUUCCCAACCCACCAUCACCAAUGGGCACAAGCAUGGCCAGCCUGCCAGGUGCAGGGUGGGUGUGCUGGUCCCAGGCCAGGGAGAGCUGGGACCCAGGCCGAGAGGGGUCGAGGGUCAGCCACCCUUUUGCCAGGCACAGACCCCAAGGGCAGAGCAGUGGCUGCCUGGGAUGUGGCACUGGCUGUCUGGGAAGUGCCCUGGGAGUCAGGGGCCAGGUGUUCUCUAAAGGGAGACUUCUGGAGUCUAAGAGUGACAUGAGGACUGCAUCAGGAGAGGGACUGGGGCUGGGGAGGAUGCUCUGCUCUUUCCCACAUUGUCUUGUCCUCCCCAUCUCUGCUGAACUCCCUUCACCCCAUGUGGCCGACCUCUACCCCCUUAACCCUAACCCACCUCUCAGAAUCUCAGAUUCCAGCAUAGACAGGACCCGGCACCCGCCCUGGUUCCCUCCUGGCCAAUACCUUCUUCACCAUCUGAGUUCCGAUUCCUCCCCAGGGCCCUUGUUGGCUCAGGACCACGGUGACUGCCAGAGCACUCCCUGUAUACAGAGCUGUGGUCAUGGUGCCAGGGGCUGGCCCAGCAGCAGAGGCUGGUGGGGCAUAGCUGUCCAGUACAUGGCAGUCUGGCCCCUCCACUGAGUGACAAAGGGAGCCAUGUUUGGGUCCUCUCUGGCCCCAUCCACCCACAGAACACACCAGUCAGCUGGACAGAUGCCCCUCUGCCCCAUCCCUUCUGCUCCAUGUGAGCAGUGUUGGAUCCUGCCCUCUGUGGCCUUUGGGAAGAAGAGUUUAUCUUGGCAUGGCUUCCCCAGCUCAGUGCACAUCAGCCCAUCGGGGAAAAUGUGGGGAGUGAAGAGUCACUGGUGGGUGAUGUGCGCAGCUCCCAUGACUCCUCUACAUUCAGGGCCAUCCUCAGGAGACCAGAUAGCACCUCCCCUUUGCAGGGUUAAGGAAUGGUAAGUGAGCCAUGUUUGAAGGGAACAUGGUCUGUACUCUGGUGUGUGUGGGUGCUCAGCCAACUUCCUCGCCUAAGGAUGAAAGUGACACUUUGGCUUAGUGACACCUCGGGACUCCUGCUGGUUACCCCACUGGCUGUUGUCUGCCCCAUGUCCCUGACCUUGUUUUGGCUGAACUAUUUGCAGGAGGAAGAACCUGUGCUUCCUCCACCUCUAUGUCCCGCCUGUGCCCUACAAUCUGCCCCUAAACGGGGACAGUGUGAGUGACUGGGGGGCCCUUAUAAACUGAAUGUUCAAUUCCCCGCUCCCGCCAAUUCCUGUGUUGAAGUCCUAAUCCAGGAUAGGUGAUGGUAUUUGGAGUUGGGGCCUUUGGGAGUUCUUCAGGGCUAGAUGAGACCAUGAGAGUGGGGCCCUAAUGUUGGGAUUAGGGUCCUGGUAGGAAGCAGAGACCCCAGAGCUCUCUCUCCCUGACAUGAAGACACAGUGAGAAGGCAGCCGUUCGCAAGCCAGGAAGAGAGCCCUCACCAGAACCUCAGCACACUGGGACCCUAACCUUAGACUUCCAGCCCCCAGACUGUGACAAAUACAUUUCUUUUCUUAAUACAUGCCCCGCCCACCACCCCCCCAAGUCUGACACUUUACCCUAGGAGCCCUAUAUGACUAGCACAAGGACUAUCAUCUCAGGAACUUCCUUCCUAAGUGGUAUCUGGAAACCGUGCAUCAGAGCCACGGGAAAGAACGAAGAAAGGCUCAGCCCUUUAUGAGGGUCAGCAUACCUCCACCCCACGUGCAGCAUAUCACACAUGAACCAGGAGUGCUGUCAUAAACAGUGAAAGGGAAUCUGUAAACACCCAUGACAUCAUCACAUACGUGCUCAGGGAAGCCAGGAAGCUCACUCACAGCAGGUGCUGGGGGUGUGCUGAGGCUCUUGGUGGGCGUGGCUUCCCUGCUCAUGCACCCAGGUCACAUAGAAAAAUAUAAUAGAUACCACAAAGAAAAAAUAUGAUAGAAACCAAUACACCCACCCAUAGAUAUGGGCCAUGUUAACAUUCUACCCUUUGCUCAUUUUUAAAAUAAAAACUUUAUUAAGACAUUCACAUAGCAUGCUUUCACUCACUGAAAUUGUACAAUUGUGUUUUACAUAGAAUUUGCAACCAUCACCACAUUAAAUUUAUAGAAUUUGCAGCCGUCAUUGCAUUAAGUCUUACAGAAUUUGCAAGAAUCACCUCAAUAAACUUUAGAACAUUUUUAUUGCCUCGAAAAGAAACCCCUGAUUGGGCAUGGUGGUUCACUACUGUAAUUCUAGCACUUUGGGAGACCGAGGCAGGUGAAUCGCCUGAGGUCAGGAGUUCAUGACCAGCCUGGCCAACAUGGUGAAACUCCGUCUCUACUAAAAAGACAAAAAAUUAGCUGCGUGCGGUGGUGGGUGCCUGCAAUGCCAGCUACUUGAGAGGCUGAGGCAGGAGAAUCACUUGAACCUGGGAGGCGAAGGCUGCAGUGAGCCGAGGUCGCACCACUGCACUCCAGCCUGAACAACAAGAGCAAAACUUGGUAUCAAAAAAAAGAAAGAAAGAG